ACUCUUAAUUUUUCAUUACUGAAAAGAAAAGAAAAACAUAGGGUAAGGCGAAAAGUUCGAAGCUCUUCCUUCGUCCCAAGUCAAGAACUAGUCCCGGUUGUUCCCUCCGAUUUCUCCAUAACUAGCACAGGAGGUUACCAUUUUGGGCCAGAGUUAGGGAGAUGGUGAAGUUAACCAUGAUAGCUCGUGUUACUGAUGGCCUACCAUUAGCAGAAGGACUGGAUGCUGGUCGGGAUCCACAAGAUGAAUUCUACAAGCAGCAAGCUAAAUCUAUAUUCAAAAAUUUUUCAAAGGGCCAAAAUGAACCAUCAAGAAUGUCGAUUGAAACUGGUCCUUAUAUAUUCCACUACAUCAUCGAGGGCCGUGUUUGUUAUCUAACUAUGUGUGAUCGUUCUUAUCCAAAAAAAUUAGCUUUUCAGUACCUGGAAGAGCUCAAGAAUGAGUUUCAGAGAGUCAACGGGGAUCAAAUUGAAACUGCAGCCAGACCUUAUGCUUUCAUUAAAUUUGAUGCUUUCAUACAGAAAACCAAGAAAUUGUAUCUGGACACCCGCACUCAACGGAAUAUCUCAAAGUUGAACGAUGAACUCUAUGAAGUUCAGCAAAUAAUGACCCGGAAUGUGCAGGAAGUUCUUGGUGUUGGUGAAAAGUUGGACCAGGUUAGUGAGAUGUCCAGCCGUUUGACUUCUGAAUCUCGCAUAUAUGCUGACAAGGCAAGAGAUCUAAAUCGACAGGCUUUGAUCCGGAAAUGGGCUCCAGUUGCAAUUGUCAUCGCUAUUGUUCUUCUCCUCUUUUGGGUCAAAAACAAGAUAUGGUGAUUCUAUUUGCAGCUGCAUUUCAGCUUUGCAUUGUUGUCAUUCACUGGAUGGAGUCUUUCAGGCUUGUGCAGGGCUCUGGAGUGGGGGCACUGUUCCUUACUUACAGAGAGCAUUGGAUAUGUAUCUGGCAGUCAGUCAAGCAUAUAGUUGAUUCCGGGGAAAUUAAAUUUGAAAAUUUUAUAGGAAAUCAUUUGCUAAUUUUUAUUUCCAGAUUAUAACAAAAACAGAUUAGGUUCAUACAUCCGUGUAUCAUACUUUCUUUGGAUUAAAACAUAUACUUGAACUCAGAAGGGGAAAUUCAAAUGAUUUUUUCUCCCCCUCGUACUGAUGCCCCCCGGUCUGCAUGUUAAAUCCAUUAGAAAUGUUUCAGUUGUGGUCCAUAUGAGGUAAAGUUUUCUCACAAGGAUUGUUUUAUUCUUGUGAUAAAAGAUAGACAUGUGAAACCGGCCAAUGUUUCUAGUUUUCAGCGAAGACGGAGGUGGGGACCAGAAACCUGUUUAGGCUAUCUACAAGAAGACAAAGCUGAAUGAAUCGAUUGUUGUUUUCUACUGAAGGACACUUAUACAAACAGCCUUCAGUUAUUGGAAAUAGCAGCGAAAUGGUAGAAAUUCGAAGUACAAAGGGUGACAGAGGUGACCAUUGGUGGGAAUCUUUGGUAAAAAGCGUUUAGAUAGAGGUAUUGGAUAGAACAGAAUGACAGGUGUGUAGCCAACCACUGUGACUGCUUUUAAACCACUAGAGGUUUAAAAUACAACUCAUCAACUCUACACCAGCUAUUGCAAAGUAAAGCUGGAGAGAUAGUGACUAUACCCUCCCUCACCACCGGCGGCUAGGCCCCCCCCCCUAACCACCAGAA